AUGGGCAUUGUGGGAGAAGUUGAGUUUUUCCUGAUUGUCCUCGUUCUUGUUUACGGAUGCUGUGUUUUGGCAUAUAACAGGUGGUCGACCCGACGAUACGCAGCCUCAGAGGCACAGCAGAAGGAAGAAGAAGCCGAACUAUAUCCCAUGCUGACAAAAGACGAUGUUCCAUUCGGAGCAAGAGCACUGGAGCGAGGUGUACAAGUCGAAGGCAUUUGGAUUUCUGACCAUAACACUCCGCUUCCCAGUCUGUACAAUCAUGGCACGCCCGCACUUCCCGAGAGCCAUCCAUCAAGUCCGUCACCGAGGCCAAUCCCUAUUCGGCCUUCGAGCCCGCGAUCCUCGAUGACAUUUGAGAGUACCAGAAGCACGCGUGCAUCAUUGCCGCCGUAUUUUCGGCCAACCUUUAAGCCAGAGACCGACAUCGUUGCCGCAAGCAACUACACAUACGAGCCACAGGGACUCGACGGCCUCUAUUCUCCUGAGAUGUCGUUCAACAUCCCCCCUCCCCCGGCAUUUUCAAACGACACAGCGAAGGUCAUGGACAGGGAGCGCAUCAGACCUGGCCUUCAAGGCCACGACGUGUUGGAUUCGGACUUGGGUGGCAAUGACCCCGCCUCUCGGCGGCCAGGCGAGCAGCAUCGAAUUGCACGGAUCAGCAGAGUUCUCCGCAGACGCUCCUCAGAGGAAUUCAGGCGCAAGAUGAGCGCCAUCUUCAACGAACGAAUCCACAUGAGCAUGGCCCCCGAACGCCUCCAAUUUGACCAGAUGUUUCGAGACCAGAGACGACAUAUGCGAAAUUCGAUUCUUGCCCCAAUUCGCUCAUGGAACCAAUGA